AUGAAUAACAGUUGCUUCCUCAGAAACUUUCUCUCUUGGUUUGCUCUCCACAAACCACGGAACAUGUUUUCUGAGUAUCCAGUUACGGUUUACACAUCCAAGAAAUUUGGAUCUGACUCCACAGGCGAUGGAAGUGAAGAAAAACCCUUUGAAUCAAUUCUUCAGGCAAUGCGACAAUUCAAGAUUGAUCCAAUGCCAGAGAUCAUGGUUGAUGGCAAAUCUGAAGAGAUGAAAUGGGAACCAGCUGCUAAGACACAAGUAAAGAAGAAUUUGAAAUCGUAUGAAAGGGAACUUCACAAAUCUAAGGAUGCAGAAAAGAGAGAGGCUGAAGACCAAGAAAGACGAGACAAAAACCUUGAAGAUGCUAAGAAGAUUAUCAUUGAGCAGGAUAUGUCUUUACCUACCCCAAAGCAGAUCAAAAUGCGGGAUGCUGUGCAGACACGUGAUGUUCGAGUGAAGAUCUUUGGCUGGGUUCACCGAUUACGGAGACAAGGUCGUAAUUUGAUGUUUGUUGUUAUUCGUGAUGGCACAGGAUUUUUACAAUGUGUCAUGGCAGAUAAAUUGUGUCAAACUUAUGAUGCCCUUCUGUUAUCACGAGAAGCCUCUAUAUGUGUGUAUGGAGAAAUCAAAGAGCUUCCUGAAGGUAAAACUGCACCUGAUAAUCAUGAAUUGGUUGUGGAUUACUGGGAAGUGGUUGGUCACUCUCCUGCUGGGGGUGCAGACAAUUUAUUGAACGAGGAAGCUCAUGUUGAUGUCCAAUUAGACAACAGGCACAUGCUUAUCAGAGGAGAAAAUGCAUCCCGGGUAUUGAAAAUGAGAUCAGUUGUGACACAGUGUUUCAGAGAGCAUUAUUUUGCUGAAGGUUAUUAUGAAAUAACUCCUCCAUCUUUGGUCCAAACACAAGUUGAAGGUGGUUCAACAUUGUUCAAUCUUGAUUAUUUUGGGGAACAAGCCUACUUGACACAAUCAUCUCAACUCUAUCUGGAAACAUGCAUUCCUGCCUUGGGUGAUACUUUCUGUAUUGCUUCAUCAUUCCGUGCUGAGCAAUCUCGGACAAGACGACAUUUAGCAGAAUAUUCUCAUGUGGAAGCAGAAUGUCCGUUUAUAUCAUUUGAUGAUUUACUUGACCGUUUAGAACUUCUCGUUGUUGAUGUUGUUGAUCGAGUCUUGAAGUCUCCAUUGGGUCACAUUGUUAAAGAGCUGAACCCUGACUUUGAACCACCAAAACGUCCGUUCAAACGAAUGGACUACAAAGAUGCCAUUGAAUACUUGAGAGAACACAACAUCACUAAAGAUGAUGGAACUUUCUAUGAAUUUGGGGAAGAUAUUCCCGAAGCUCCUGAAAGGAAGAUGACUGAUCAAAUCAAUGAACCAAUCCUUUUAUGCCGCUUUCCCGCAGAAAUCAAGUCUUUUUACAUGCAACGCUGUAAAGAUGACAACCGUGUAACGGAAUCUGUUGAUCUCUUGAUGCCAAAUGUUGGAGAGAUUAUUGGUGGUUCCAUGAGGAUGUACAAUUUAGAUGAAUUGAUGAAAGGUUAUGAAAGGGAAGGCAUUGACCCAACACCUUAUUAUUGGUAUACUGACCAGCGUAAAUAUGGAACAUCUCCUCAUGGUGGUUAUGGGCUUGGGUUGGAACGUUUCCUGUGUUGGUUACUCAACAGAUACCAUAUCCGUGAUGUUUGUCUCUAUCCACGUUUCAUUGAACGAUGCAGACCUUAG